AUGAAAAAUGCAGUAAAUCCUGGCGCUACAGCACUUUCUAAACAGCAGGCUGUGCAUCAAAAUAGUAAUAACAAUGUUGUACAUCCAGCUACAGCAACUACAACUGCAACAACUACCACCACUAUUACCACAACUUCCGGUAGCGUUACCGUACCCCCGGUACCGCAGGCAAGUCUAGCAAGCAUGCAGAAGGAUUCAGCCGAUAGCCGAUCAUUUUCGAUCAAAAGGCCGCUUUCAUUCAUUUCAAAUUUAAGGAAUGCUCAGGUGGACUGCAUUAACGAUGAAGUUGUUGUUUGUGACGAGAAAAUUUUGUAUCGUUUACCCGAAGUGAGCAGUGCGCUGGAGCGUGAAAGUACGGCACCGUGCGUAUCACCGGAAAUCUCAGAUCCGGACGCGGAAGAACAGACACCGUUUAGAGCCGUUCACAUUCCAUUCAUCGAUUUGGACAGCUUAACUUCUUUGGUAGGGCACGACGAUGUGUACGAAAUACCGCCCAGAAUUGAGGUCGUUGAAGAGCCCAAACAUCGCCUAGCAACAACGGAAGAAGUCAAACGACCGCUACUUACGAGCGCCAAAGUAACUCGAAGAAAGCGUUCAUCGCAAGGAAUUCGGAGUAUUGUCAGUGUUGUGCGGACACGAAGUUUGCGGAGGUUAAAAAAACGCUCCUGGAAGCAGGAAUGCAAAUCACGAUCCGAAAAUCGUGCACGAAAAGCCUUACGUACGAUCACGUUCAUCCUCGGAACAUUUACUGUGCUCUGGACUCCAUUUUACGUGCUGGCCACUGUUCUGGGUUUCUGCGACUCAUGCAAAAAUUCGAAGGUGUUCAAUUUGUUCUUCUCGAUCAGCUACCUUCUGUGUUACAUGAACAGUCCGAUCAAUCCAUUUUGUUAUGCGAUGGCUAAUCAGCAGUUCAAAAAAACACUGACACGCAUUUUUCGAGGUGAUUUUAAGCGUACAUAG